AGGGGGUCGGGCCGCAGGAAGCAAACCGAGAGUUAAAGAGUUUUUAAUGUCCGCCAUGUUGGCCAUGGCGUGCUGAAGCAGGAUCCAGAGCGGGUCUUCACAGAGCGAGCGAGAGAGCCAGAGAGAGCGAGCGAGCAGGACCCGGGCCCGCCCGGCUCCCAGCUUCUCACCGACACAGACCCGCCGAACGACUCCGCGCUCCGCCACAGACUCAUCAAUGAGCACUAAAACGGCUUCAUUAGUCAAUCUGAAAGGACCUUGUACAUUUAUGCUCCAUCUUUCGGUGUAAAAAUGAGUAAGUUGUCGUUUCGGGCGCGGGCGCUGGACGCCGCCAAGCCCCUUCCCGUCUUCCGCUGCGAGGACUUACCGGACCUGCACGAAUACGCCUCCAUCAACCGGGCAGUGCCGCAGAUGCCGACGGGGAUGGAGAAAGAGGAGGAAUCGGAACACCAUCUCCAGCGGGCCAUUUCAGCACAGCAGGUUUAUGGGGAGAAGAGGGACAACAUGGUGAUCCCCGUGCCCGAAGCAGAGAGCAAUGUCUCCUACUACGACUCCCUCUACCCAGGGGACUUCAGGAUGCCAAAGCAGCUCAUUCACAUACAGCCUUUCAGUCUGGACACAGAGCAUCCAGAUUAUGACCUGGACUCUGAAGAUGAGGCGUUUGUGAACAGGCUGAGGAAGAAGAUGGAGGUUGGGGCGCUGCAGUUUGAGCUGAUGAUCGACCGGCUGGAGAAAGGCAGCGGCCAGCAGCUUGUGACUCUCCAAGAAGCAAAGCUCUUGCUGAAGGAAGACGAUGAACUGAUCAGGGAGGUGUUUGAAUACUGGAGCAGGAAGAGAAAGGCUUGUAAAGGCGGAUCCCUCACUCCAGUGGUCAAACAGGAGAAGCGUGACGGCUCCAGCACCAGUGAUCCUUAUGUGGCCUUCAGGCGCAGGACAGAGAAAAUGCAAACCAGGAAGAAUCGCAAGAAUGACGAAGCAUCAUACGAGAAGAUGCUGAAACUGAGGAGAGAUCUGAGCAGGGCCAUCACAAUUCUGGAGAUGAUAAAGAAGCGUGAGAAGAGCAAGAGAGAAUUGCUGCAUCUGACACUGGAGAUAGUGGAGAAGAGAAAUGGCCUGCCUGACUUUGGCACUGAUAUCAUGACAGAGGCACUGGCCAUGGCCAAGCCCAUUUACAAGAUUCCCAUUAUUCCCCUGCCCAGCAGCAGCCAGUACCGCCACACGGACCACAUUGAGCUCAAGGACUAUAAGAUUAAGCCGGAGAAAACGGAGGUGGUCCGCACAAAGAGGAAAUACGAGAAAAAGCCGAAGGUCCAGCCAUUCUCCACCCCUCAACAGUCUGGUCCCUCCCUCAUCAAUCCCAAAGACCUCAACCAGUAUGACUUUCCCAGCUCUGAUGAAGAUCCUUUCUCACAGAUGCAUUCUGGGUCGUCAGAGGCUGAAGAGGAGAAUGACCCAGAUGGACCAUUUGCCUUCAGGAGGAAAGCAGGCUGUGUUUAUCACGCUGCUCGUUUGGAUCAAAGGGGUAGCUGGCCAUGGUGUAGCGAGGCUGAGGGUGGUUCAUGUAAUCCGCAGUUCCGUUACUCUCUCACCAGCCUUCCAUUGCCACACCGCUGCCUGGGGUUGACACGGCGACGGGUGGGACGAGGAGGCAGAGUUCUCCUGGACCGUGCUCACUCGGAUCUAGACAGCAUUUUCCACAGUCUGGAUUCAACUGCAGAAGAGUUGUCCCCUGCUGCUUCUCCACUUCGCCCAGAAAGCACCUCUUACAGCAGUACCUCCACCAUAGCCACCUCGUCUCCAGCUUCUCCUCCCUGCUCCUCCUCUUCUUCCCUGCAUCUGAGGCAGAUCCUCCGCAACAUUAAAGCCUGCCGCUGGAGACACUUUAAACCACGGACACUAACCAGCAGGAGCUUCUGCCAGGCUGUCGCCGUUGCAGCAGGUGCAGGCACUAAUGCAGCGAUGGGAGGAACUGCUACAGUAACACCUGCAGCUGUGUUCACAGCGGAACAGUAUCAGGAGCAUCAGGAACAGCUGGUUCUCAUGCAGAAGCAACAGCUAGAGCAGAUCCAACAGCAGGCCAGUGAUGCCUCCAGCAGUACACAGCCUCUUGUGUCCAAGACGUUGGAUUCAGCCAGUGCUCAGUUUGCUGCCUCUGCUCUUGUCACACCUGACCAGCUGUUGACUCUGAAAGUCAAAGAGGAUGGUGUUAUGGGAAGUGGAGUGAAUGGCAUCCUCCAAGCCUCAGGAGUUUACAAGGGCUUACAACUCUCUGCUACACCAUCAGCUUCGAUCCUCCCGAGCUCAUCUCCAGUGACGACCUCUCCCUCACCUAGCUUACUUAGCCCUUCUAAUAGUAACUCGACCACAGGCUCUGUCCACAAUGCACACAACCCACUCAGUAACCAUGGUAACAAUACUGCCAACGCGGCCCCUCAGGUUCUGAUCGGGAACAAUCUGCGUCUGAGUGUGGCGACGCCCCAGAUUGCCAGCCUCAAUGCCCGCCACCUUCCCAGAAGUCUUGGCGGCGUGCCACCCGCUGCCUUAAAACUUGCAGCCGCUGCUUCGAACUGUCAGCUCCCCAAAGUCAGCACUGGGGAGAAUCAUGAACAGGAAAAGCAGUCCCUUAGUAUAGCGGAAAACACAGUUGCUAUGGAGGUGACGUAGUAACCGUUGUCUGGGUGACUUUUUUCCCCCGCCCAGUCCAGUCUUUUGGUGCUGUGCACCAAUCGCUUUUGGAAAUGCAAAGGGACAGCAGGUCUCCGCAGCAACUGUCAGGCCUCGACAGCUAAUCUCAUCUCUUUAUUAUAACUUUUUCUUUCUCCCCCACCCCAUUUUUUUAAUAUAUUUGUUACUGUUAAUAAGAGAAAAUAAUUCCUAUGUAAAUUAUGAAUAUGGCAAAUAUUCAAUGUACAGUAACUGCCUAUUUGUAAAACUCCCUGCUCCACCCCCCAAAACCUUGUAUAUAUGUUACUUGAAAACAGAUUUGUUCACUUGUGAUGUUUUGCACUUGGGAAUUACAAAAAGAAAAAAGCAAAAGGAGAAUGGAGGAAGAAAAGAAUGCAGAGAGAGAUUGUGAGCUGUGUAGCAGACGAAAGGGUUUAGGAAUCAUUGCAUUGUGCAUGAUGAGGAAACCUGCUGUUUCACCUAUUUAUUGUGCUGUGUUUACACGUUUUCUUUUUCCUUUCUCCAUGAACACUGUACUCUCACAUGUUUCUAUGUUGUAGGUGUUUGGGUAGCUAGUUUUUUUUUUUUUUUUUGGUAAACUGUGUCGAACCCUUCAAUCUCUAGUUCUGCUGGUUCUCUUUGCAAAUCAAAUGGAUGCUACAGAAAUUCUAGUUCCGUUUUCCCUAGUUAUUCGGUGUCGUGUUUUUUUUUUUUUUUUUUUUUUUUUUUUUUUUUUUUUUUUUUUUUUCCGUUUUGUUUUUAUUUUUUUUUUUUUCACUUGGUGGGGGGUGUAUGGUUUUUGUCACUCAAAGGCUUUGGGAAUGGUGGGUGAAGAGGGGUGUGUGAAUCUUCCAUUUAACUAAUCAUCCCAAAACAAGUGAUAGACAAGUCAUGAAGUCUUCACUCGGGAGCAUCUGUGGCUUCCAUCUCAACUAAGCACUGGUUUUUGGGGUUGGGUUUUGUUGUUUUUUUUUUUUGUUUUUUUGACUUCAUGAUUAUCGCUGCUUUUGUAUAACUUCAGUUCCUUUUCAUACUAUGAAAUGUUUUGCCUCCCAUUGUAGUUUUUUGUACAACAAAGACAAUUAUUUUUAUAUCUUUUGUUCGUUUUUUUGUUUUCAGUUCUUGUGGUGAAGCGACUUGGCGCUUCGCGUAAUGGAAGACUUUGUUUUUUUGGUUGCUCGUCAGUAUAAUGUUCUCUGAUGAGUGAAAUGCUGAUGACUGUCCAUUAUUGCUGUGACCGUGUCGUAAUUUCAGCUACUAGACACGCGAGAGAAGGAACAGGAGUUGUCACCUGGCUCCAGUCUCAGUCUCCGUCUCUUACCGCAUCAUCCAACAGACUCCAGACUUUUUCAAGGCCUAAAACCACAAGUUAAAAGGUGUGCCUUCCUUUGGGAAUAAACUGCAUCUCUUCUAUGAAGAGGAUGGCUCUCGGGCAAGGCUGCAGUAGUGCGGUCCUGGCUUGUCCGGAGCCCAGGUCUCUGAUGCCCAGUCCACUGGCUGAACUAAACCACCCUCCAGGCCUCUAGUCCAACCUGGUGGCAGACAAAGAAUUAAAAUAUUGAAAAUUUAAAAAUGAUAAAAUAUUAUUAAAAAUGAGUGGGGGGUGUGACCCAUAGAAAUCUGACAAUAAAGCCCAGGUUAUUAAGUGA